CUCAGCCCAAAAGCUCUCCAACAAAGGGAAUUGGAGCUCGAACAUUGGCGAGGAAAGCUUUCCUUCGCCGAAUCAGAAGCCUCACAGCAAAUGCUUGGGAAACAUUCCCAUCAGGUUUGAUUGCCCCCAUUCCCAACAGCAAUGCCGCCGUCGACUCCUUGACCCGGAGUCUCAGACAUACUCUCGACUUUCCCUGUCGUGCCUCAGGAAUCGGCCUGAGCGCCGCCCGCCAGCGUUCUGGAUUCCUCCAUCUUGGGCUUCCAGGGAAUGGGAGAUCUCAGGUCCAAGCUGCGGGCCAAAAUCUCGCGGCGCCAUUCGGGCACUCCGCCGCUCCCGUCGAGCAAAAGUGGCAGCCACAGCAUCGAGACCAGCCCGAGUGUUGAGCCGAGCUCACCGGCCAGCGCUAACCGCAUCGACUUGGCCGAGACUGCAGUUGGGGAUCAGGCCAGCAGCCACAGCCCGCAAGUCACGCAACCACCGGACGGGCAAUUGAAACAGGACACGAAGAAAAAGCAACCAGCAACAGUGUCUUCGAAAUUUCGCGGCGCGAGCAGCAGAGGGAAUGCCUACGUGGAAGGCGCCGCCAGCGCCGCGGCGAGCCAGAGUCCGAGCACCGCCGCAAAUGCCACUAAUAACAGCACGCCGGUGCCUGCAUCAGCCGGCCCGGGCAAGCACGGCAAAGAUCGUCGCCCGCCGACAGCGGGCGAAUCCUCCGCUGCCCACCAAGAAGAUCCAGCCGGCACCGACCAGCAAUUGACGUCGCCGUCCUCAACAGCCCGCCCAGCGCCCGUCGAUGCACCUAAGCCCAGAGUCUCCACCGUCGCUGAUCGCCGAGUCCAGCUCAGCGACCCGCCCGCGGGCCCAGACCUGCUGUCCUCCCCGGGCUCUCGACCCGCUGUCCCUAGUGCCCCGUCCUCCACCCAGCCAGACCUUGUGGACCCAUCAUCAACAAACACUCAAUUGCGCCCAUCGAGCUCGACUAGCCAGUGUCCGCCCGCACCGCCGAGGCGACAGAGCCUGCUACCCAACCUACAGACGCCUUUGAUUCGGACGCUUCUCAACGCCGAGCACUCCGAUGACCUUGACCAAAGCGCUCCGGAACAACUGCUGCCCAUCAGCGCAAUGGUCACACGCAAAGUCUGGGUUAAGCGGCCGGGCGGGUCCCCGACUCUCGUCACCAUCAGCGAGGAUGACCUGGUUGACGACGUCCGCGAACUGAUCCUGCGAAAAUACGCAAACACGCUCGGCCGGCAGUUCGACGCCCCGGAUUUGACGCUGCGCAUCGUGCCCCGCGAGGGCCAAACACAGGAGCGGGUGUUGGGGCCGGAGGAGCCCAUGGCUCGAACACUGGACGCAUACUUUCCCGGGGGGCAACAAGUCGACGAAGCACUGCUCAUCGACGUACCGCACCGCCGCACGCCGCGAGCCUCCCCGAGGAACGGACCGCCGCAUGCCCAGCAUCUCACUUCGGUCAAUUACGAUGACAUCCGCCCCCUUGAAGCCGGCACCGACUACUUCGGACCCGGCGCAGUUGCCCAUAUCCCUGUUACACUCGCCGGCGGCCCCAACGGCACGACGCACGCGAUAUCAGUGCUCAACACCGGGCAGGUGCCUCAGAUACCCUCGCCGGGCGGGACGACGCGAACACGGCAAUACCGCGACAGGCCAGAUCGGCCACGGCUUGGAAGACAGCACACGUCGUCUCCUACGAUCCUCAACGUCGUCGGCGCGGGGGGCCAUACGGCCACCCUCGCGGUUGCCACAAACCAUGGUAUGCAGCAAGCGUCUUCGGACCCGCGUUCUCGGACUCAUUCAACUGCCUCGUCAGAACAGCCAAAUGCUGGUCAAGCAGCCCCGCCCGCGCCGUCCCUGCCGACCCCCCCGUCACAGGAGUCGGCCGCUGUUUCCAUUCCCCCUACUGCCACGCCGCCGCCCCCAAGGGCGUCGUCGCCUCGGCCGACGCCCGCGACUCGGCCGAAGAAGAAGAAGCCGGUUGAAACGCCGCCGCUGCCUGCAGGCAUGCUCAACGGCGGGGUGCCGCCGAUCAACGUGCUGAUCGUGGAGGACAACAUCAUCAAUCUGCGGCUGCUCGAAGCAUUCGUCAAGCGGCUCAAAGUGCGCUGGCAGACCGCUAUGAACGGUCGCGAAGCCGUCACCAAGUGGCGCGCGGGCGGCUUCCACCUCGUGCUGAUGGAUAUUCAACUGCCCGUCAUGAGCGGGCUUGAAGCCACGCGCGAAAUCCGCCGCCUCGAGCGUAUGAACUCGAUCGGCGCAUUUUCGGUCGCAAAUAACAGCAACAACACCAACGGAGCCGAGCCAGAUGAGUCCAAGAAGGAGAUGCCCGAAGAAGAUAAGCUCCAGAAUAGAGAGCUGUUCAAGAGCCCGGUCAUCAUCGUGGCUCUGACAGCAAGUUCCCUGCUAAGUGACCGCCACGAGGCUCUGGCGGCGGGAUGCAAUGACUUCUUGACCAAGCCGGUCACUUAUGUUUGGCUUGAACGCAAGGUCAUGGAAUGGGGCUGUAUGCAGGCCCUGAUCGAUUAUGACGGCUGGCGAAAGUGGAAGUCGUACACGUCCAAUUCGGAGCUCGAGGAUGCUUCGACAAAGAAAGCCAAGGCCAAGAAGAACCGGGGAGCCCCGAACAGCUCUUCAUCGGACGGCCAGUGAGCAGCGACUGUUGCCAGUCGGUACAUGGACGACACUAGCCAGUCCGGGCCAACCACCCUUGGGCGACGACAGUUUUCCCGUUGCGGCCCUUUGCUGGCAUUGGGGCAUAGACUCCACACAACUUCGCGCUGGACAAACACGGCAGCCACUGUUUCGCCCGUCCAUCCCGCACCCGCGUAGUAUCGCGCAUGGCGUCGAGCCGGCGUGAGUGAGGACACCCCUUUGCAAAGCCAAUCAGCCACGAACCAUGAACAAACACAGGAUUUCGGUCGGAUGAUUAUUGCAGAAUUCAGUCGAAACAAGGCCCUGGGAAAACUACGUAAUGCAGAACGAGGAAGGAAUGAUCGGGAUAGGCAGGCAGAGCUCUGUGCUCUCGACUUAUAGUGAGAAUGACUGAUAUGACGGCCACUGAGUGGCGACGGGUUUAAUGAAUAUGGUUUGUGCAUGGAAAGUAAGGGAGAAACACGCGAGGAGAUGUUGUGUUGGGGCGACCUUCAGGGUGUGUAUCGUUUUUGCGGUUGCGUACACACAUUCACGGAAACAAUGGUUCAAACAGUUCAACAGGCCCAGUCCCCUCGAGGCCCGAAACCCACUCACAACCCUAACCCUCAAUUGUACAGUUCGCUCG